AUGGUUACAAUAGCAUCUGUGAAAAGGUUGAGUGUGAUCGAGGAAAUCGCUGAACAAACAGGUGAUCAUGAAGCGGUUCGUCGCCUUCAACAAGAACUGGAGGAGCUGGAUUCGAGAGCUGAACGAGCGGAGAAAAAACGAUGUGCGGACAUAUCCGCGAUCAACUGGAUAAAUCAGCGCAAUCGCAACAAGAUGAAGGAACAGUUUCUCGGCGAUCGGGUCGAGAUCGAUAUGGGACAUCAGGAUGAUCCGUUUACGCGGAAAAAGGGACUCAUGAAGGUGGUUUCCGGUACCAAAGGAGGCGCACAGCUGCUCGAGGCGGGAACUUCGACACCACCAGCAUCAUCGGCUGCGCCAACUGAAACUCCACCAUCUAAAUCGUCUUCAUUCACAACGCCAAGUGGCCGACCGCCACAGAUGUCGAAAAGUGCCAGCAACCUCUUCGAUUUACACAGCAGCAUAAACAAAAUCGAGCUUGACAUAGAUUUAGGAAAAUUAGCUCGGCCAGCGUCAAGCCGAGUUGAAGAUUCUUUACAUUUGCCGUCACCUCGUCCAACCGCACCAACACCAACGUCAGGAACAAGGUACAAGAUUGAAUCGUUGGCUUUGGUCUAUCUAUUUUUUCCAUGGACUCCUUUGUAA